UGACAGGUCUUCGCCCCGCCCCCGAGUGGCGAGAUGGCGGCUGUCGAAGUCGAGGCCGAGCCCGAGCCCGAGCCCGAGCCCUCGCCGCUGCCGUCCCCGUCCCCCGCCGUGGGGCCGGCUCGAGCACCGGGCCUGGGGGCUCGGCUGCGGAGCUACUGCUGCUGCGUGACGGUAGAGCCCGUGCUGCUGAUGGCCAUGCUGGCCCUGGUGCUGCAGGUCCCGCUCACCACGCAGUACAUCUUCCAGAGGGUGAGCGCCGAGCUCGGAUUCAGCGGCAACCGGAGCCGAGGUUGCAACAGGUCGCGGGGGCCCGAGGCCCAGCUGGAGAGGGAGGUAGAGACAAUAACCUCACACUGGAAUCUGUACAUCAACGUGGGGGGCUUUGCUGUGGGACUUUUCUCUGUGACCCUGCUUGGACCGUGGAGUGACCGUGUCGGACGCAGACCGAUCCUGAUUGUGCCGGCCCUGGGCUUGGCUCUGCAGUCAGCCCUGUACCUCAUCGUAAUGUACCAGGAGCUGCCAGUUGUGUACUUUCUGAUCGGCCGCCUACUCAGUGCGCUGCUGGGGGAUUUCAGUAUCAUCCUGGCCGGCUGCUUCUCCUACAUUGCUGACAUCACUGACAGGUCAUCGCGCACCAUCCGCGUGGCUGUGCUGGAGUCGUGCCUGGGCAUUGCGGGGAUGGUUGGCAGCAUUAUCGGGGGGCAGUGGAGCAAGGCUCAGGGUUUCACCAAUCCGUUCUGGCUGGUGCUGGCACUGAACCUGGCCACUGCGGCCUAUAGCUUUGCCUUCGUCCGGGAGUCUGUGUCCACAAAGCAACCGGCCAGGCUCUUCACAGUCGAACACUACAGGUCGGUGUACCGCCUGUACUCGAGCGGCAGGCUGGGCCUUUGGCUGUACGCCCUCUCCCUUUUCAUAGUGGUAACAGUGCACUUCGGAGUGAAGGACGUCCUGAUUCUCUUCGAGCUGAGCUCGCCCUUGUGCUGGCAGUCUGAUUUGGUUGGGUACGGCUUGGCAAUGGAGCACCUGACCUACCUGAGUAGCCUCUUGGGACUGAAGGUGAUGAAGCUGUGCUCCGGAGACAGUGCCAUCGCAGGGAUCGGCCUCUUGUCCAACAUGGCAGGCUUGGUGUUGUUUUCAGUGGCUGCCACCAGCUCUCUCAUGUUCACAGGAUACGUGCUGCGAUUUCUUGCUAUGACCACAACUCCCGUGCUUAGAGCCAAGAUGUCAAAGUUAGUGGAGGUGACACAACAAGGAGCCCUGUUUGCCUCAGUGGCUUGUGUGGAAAACGCCUGCUCUCUAGUAUCGACAGUGGUCUUCAGCUCCCUGUAUCCUGCAACACUCUACUUCAUGAAGGGAUUCUCGUUUCUCUUCGGUGCUGCUCUCCUCCUCAUUCCAGCAGGGAUUAUCUGGAUCCUGGGGUGCAGAGGGACGGAGUUGCAAUAUCGCCGUUUUGGAGACUCCCCCCGAGAUGACCCCCUGAGCAGUGGUUGUGACGCCUCCUCCAUUGUGAAUGAGUGAACUUCCCGCGAUGUCUCCCAUUGUCACCCAUCCAGUUUUUAUCCAAAUGGUGGCCCUGAGCCACCAGCUCGUCAGAUUCCACUAAGUCUACCCCCGAUCUCUGAUGGUGACAGCUGGUACUCCGAGGACUGGAGAAUCAUUCAGCACAGAGGGAGGCUUUUCAGUCCGUCCACCCCUUACUGGCUGUCAGUCAGAGUUACUCUAUAGUCUCCCUGCUCUGCCCUUUCCGAUGUUCUUUAUACCCUUCUCUCCCUGGAAUGGUUAUGCACCUUGAAAUGUAUUACCAAUGAAAUUAGUUAAAUUUCAGAAAUGACCAAAAAAAAAUUAAGUACUACAGGAUCCUAAACACCAGAGACUCUGCAGAUGCUGGACAUUCAGAGCAACACACACUGACUGCUGGAGGAACUCAGCAGGUCAGGCAGCGUGUAUGGUGAGGAAUAAAGAGUCAAUGUCAGGGCUUGAUGAAGGGCCUCACUCCAAAAUGUUGAGGGUAUAUACCCCUCCAUAGAUGCUGCCUGAUCUGCUGAGUUCAUGCACCAUUUAUUUUAUGGAUUAGAUUAGUUUUAUUUGUCACCGUGUACAUGGAAACAUACAGUGAAAUGUGUUUUUGUAAAUGACCAACAGAGUCUGAGGAGGUGCUGGGGGUGGGGGAGCCCACACAUGGUGCUAUGCUUCUGGCACAGACAUAAUGUGCACCCAACUCACUAACCGUAACCCGUACAUGUGUAGAACGUGGGAUGAAACGGGAGAACCCAGAAGAGACCCACACAGACCCGGUGCUAUCACAAGAUCAUAAUUUUCCAGGACUUUUACUUGAUUAUACUUUUCCCAUGUUGGACAAAGCAGGACAGACAUACUUGCUGUGGUGGUUUUCUUGUCAUGUACAAGGAAAGGAAGAUGUUAACAUGUUUUAAGGACAAGUGCUGUGAAUAAACUCAGCUCUGCUGCCCUGCAGCCGUUUGUACGGUGGU